AUGAAUGAGUGUUCAAGCGAAAUAAAAAAUCACCUGAACGACUCACCCGCUGUUUUCGUCGGCUGGCUUGAAUCUCAUGGUCUCGACGCCAGCACCUGUCGUCUGUUUGAAGAUCACAUGAUCGACGGGUUCACCUUCGCUCUGCUUAAUGAAGGCGAUCUUCGUAAAAUGGGCAUCACCCGGAUGGGCAUUCUCAAGAAACUCCUCUUCCUAAUUGAGUUGUGUUGCUCCCGUACUCACCAGGGCCACGGCCUCGGCCUCGAAAGCCGAUAUCUCCACCGUUUUUCCACCUCAAGCACUGACUCCAGCUCUGAAUCAUCCCUCACCUACUCCCCUAAACGCGUCAGGACUCUCCACACCACUCCCAUUUGCGAAUCAAGCCCUAAAAUCUGGAAAGUCGCUCUAAGUGGGGUCUAUGCCUUCCUCUCCCUGGGACUCACCUCCUUUGUCAUGGUCCUUGCGCACGAACGUCUUCCUGAGAUAUCGAAGUAUCCACCGCUGCCCGAUAUUCUACUCGACAACCUACCGUAUAUUCCAUGGGCGUUUGAGGCCGCCGAGUUGAUCGCGCUUAUGCUGUGCCUUAUUUGGAUCGCGGUUCUCAUUUUUCACAAGCAUCGUCUAAUUCUGUUGCGGCGUUACUGCUCCCUUCUUGGAACGAUUUUUUUACUGCGUUCUGUAACAAUGAUUAUCACCUCGCUGAGUGUGCCUGGAAAACACCUACUGACCGAGUGUCGUCCCUUCAAAAAAUUUACGAAUAUUUCACCUCUUAUGAUUGGUCAACCUGGGGUGUAUGGUUGGGUUUUGUUGCCUUUCUUAGGCAUGACGCUGCGGGGCGUGCGAACCUGCGGCGACUACAUGUUCAGCGGGCAUACCACGGUGAUAACCAUGCUUAACUUCUUCAUCACCGAAUACACGCCUUCCAGCUUCUAUCGCCUCCACAACUUCACCUGGGUUCUCAACGUGUUCGGAGCCUUCUUCAUCCUCGCUGCACAUGAGCACUACUCAAUUGAUGUUUUUGUAGCCGUGUACAUCACCUCUCGACUCUUCCUCUACUACCACUGGCAGGCAAACAACCACUACUUGCUUCGUCGAGACAAGAAACGAGCUCAAAUCUGGUUCCCGCUUCUGUCCUUCUUCGAGUCUGAUGUUCGUGGAGUGGUCCCUCACGAGUUCACGAAUCCUCUACGUGAUGCGGCCUACCUUUGGAAGAAGUGCCGCUUACGGUGUAUCCUGACCCCGCUAGCUGAAGUCUCACUUUUAUUCACUGCCAACGCGGCCCCCUCUACCUCCCCUACUUCUCCUCAACAAGAGAAGGCAGAAUAG